CAACACGCUCAGGGGUCAGGAAAUGACUCCUACUUCGGGUUUGCUGGUAGAAUGGGGGAUAGAUAGCCGUUCAAAGUACCUUUCCCUUUUUCUCUGCUUUCUUCUAUUGGACCAGGCAGGGAUCUCUGAUUAGUCGAAUGAGCCCAUCCCUCUGGGCCUAUCAUUCAUUUAUUGGUCGAUCCAUCUUUCGCUUCCUUACUUCCCCAUUGGUGUGAUAUGAUCUUAGAUGAGAUUCUAUUAUCUUAUUUAUGAGAGGCGAGAGGGUGCUCCUUCAUGCGCUUGUAGUGAACUCCCUUAUCGCGUGAUGGUGCUAUGCGCUUCCAGUAGGUGGUGUGAUUUACUAUCUUCGCUACCUGCUAUCGUUGUAAAGAAGAGGAGUGAGAAUACACUCGACUUCAAGGAGAGGAACGAAACCAUCCCGGACUGUGGCUCUAGUAAAGAGAAAGGAAGGGAAAGGCACGCUAGGCUUUCGCUGAAGGAAGAUGGUUUCUACUAUAGCUGAUAACGGGAUGCUAGUGCUAGCCUUGCUGAAAGUUUAACUUGACUCUAAAGGCACCACUUACUAGCUAUUAGAUUGAUUACUUAUUACCUACUUAUUACCGCACUGAGCUCUCUCUUGUGCUUUUCUUUGUUUUUGAGUUGUCCGAUCUACUAACCCCGGUUUAUGCCCUGAUAAAAGAGUUCUGCUCAGUAUGCGCUGCUCCUGCCUCUUCGGUCGAGCUCUUGCUCUUGGUUGUUGCUGUGGGAAGUCUUGUCUUGGUUUCCGCUAUUCAAGUAAUCCCUUUCUUUCUGUUCUCAACAAAGAGGAAUGAAUGCCUAAUACCGCUCGGGCUGCCCGGAUUCCUUCACUCUCUUGCAGAUAAUUAAAAAGGCUUCUUUUUA